AGAGCUUUCUCAUGUCUGACCUGUAUAGCCACGGUCUGGGGACAAAUGGAGGGCGACCACCCCAGCUCUGACUCUGAGACUUGUAUGUCUGAUCUCAAGGAAGAGAUCUCCUGAACUUGGCCACACCUGAGUGGGACCCAGGACUGUGGGGGAGGUUUAGGAGCUAGGAAGGAAUUCCCAAUCGGGGCUGCCAGACUGAUGCUGCUUCCACACCAGGUGUAAAUUUGCUGUUGCUGCUACACAAAGAUGCUUUUCAUCUUGAACUUUCUGUUCUCCCCACUUCCAACACCAGUGGUGAUCAGUCUAUUGACCGUUGGAAUCACCAUCUUCCUAUGGCUGGUUAACAAACCUCGGCCAGUCUGGCCCCUUGUGGACUUGCAAAAGCAGUCAGUGGGAGUUCAGGGAGGAGCCCGGCGAGGUGCUGUGCAACGCAAUGACGACUUCAUCAGCUAUUAUUAUUCUGAUGCCACAACAGUGUAUGAAAUUUUCCAACGAGGACUCCGUGUGUCUGAUAAUGGACCCUGUUUGGGAUCUAGAAAACCAAAUCAACCAUACAGAUGGCUCUCUUACAAACAGGUGUCUGACAGGGCAGAGUACUUGGGCUCCUGCCUUCUGUACAAAGGAUACAAGCCAUCACCAGACCAGUUUGUUGGCAUCUUUGCUCAGAAUAGACCAGAGUGGAUCAUCGCAGAACUUGCCUGCUACACCUACUCAAUGGUGGCUGUUCCCCUCUAUGACACUCUGGGAGCUGAAGCCAUAGUGUACAUUGUUAACAAAGCGGAGAUUGCAACAGUGAUCUGUGACACACCCCAGAAGGCAAAUGUUCUACUGGAGAAUGUUGAGAAGGGGCUCACCUUAGGGUUGAAGAUGAUAAUCCUCAUGGACCCCUUUGAGGAUAGCCUUAAGGAAAAAGGGGAAAAGCUUGGAGUUGAUAUCUUAUCACUAUAUGAUGCUGAGACUCUGGGCAAAGAGAAUUUCAAAAAACCUGUGCCUCCCAAACCUGACGACCUCAGCAUUGUAUGCUUUACCAGUGGAACAACAGGUGAUCCCAAAGGAGCCAUGCUGACACACCGGAAUGUUGUUGCAAACUCUGCAUCUUUUCUUAAAUGUGUUGAGAAUGUUUUUAUGCCCACAUCUGAUGAUGUGACAAUAUCAUACCUUCCUCUGGCUCAUAUGUUUGAAAGAGUUGUACAAGCUGUUGUUUAUACCGUGGGUGCUAAAGUGGGAUUCUUCCAAGGAGAUGUCCGGCUCUUACCUGAUGAUAUGAAAGCCCUACAGCCAACUGUGUUCCCAGUGGUUCCUCGACUUCUCAACAGAUUGUAUGAUAAGGUACAUAGUGAAGCCAAGACACCAUUCAAGAAGUUUUUGUUGAAUCUGGCCAUCUCUGCGAAAUUCAGUGAAGUAAAGCAAGGCAUUGUCCGGCAAGACAGCAUCUGGGAUACACUCAUAUUUAAAAAGGUCCAGGCAGGUCUAGGUGGGAAGGUACGUUUAAUGGUUACUGGAGCUGCACCUAUCUCCUCCCCAGUCUUGGUAUUCCUCCGAGCUGCGCUGGGCUGCCCGGUAUAUGAGGCUUAUGGUCAGACUGAAUGUACAGCUGGAUGCACAUUUUCAUCACCUGGGGACUGGACAACAGGUCACGUUGGGGCUCCCUUGGCCUGUAAUGAAGUAAAACUUGAAGAUGUAGUAGACAUGAACUACUUCUCAGUGGAUGGAGAAGGAGAGAUCUGCAUCAGAGGCACCAAUGUGUUCAAGGGUUACCUGAAGGAUCCUGAGAAAACAGCUGAAACUCUUGACAAAGAUGGCUGGCUUCAUACAGGAGACAUCGGCCGUUGGUUACCAAAUGGUACCCUGAAGAUCAUUGACAGAAAGAAGAACAUCUUUAAGCUGGCUCAAGGAGAAUACAUUGCCCCAGAGAAGAUAGAAAAUGUGUAUAUCAGGAGUGGUCCAGUAUCCCAAGUUUUUGUACAUGGAGAUAGCUUACGGUCCUCUUUAGUGGGUGUGAUUGUUCCUGAUCCAGAUGUAUUGCCUAAGUUUGCAACAAAACUUGGGGUCCAGGGUUCCUAUGAGGACCUCUGCCUAAAUGGGCUCGUAAAGAAGAACAUUUUGGAAGACAUGCUGAAAAUUGGCAGAGAGAGUGGCCUCAAGUCCUUUGAACAAGUCAAAGACAUCUACGUUCACCCAGAAGCAUUCUCUAUUGAAAAUGGACUCUUGACACCGACAUUGAAGGCGAAGAGGGCAGAACUUGCCAAAUACUUUCGGAGCCAAAUUGAUAACCUAUAUGAAACUAUCAAGGAAUAGCUUGAGUGUGUUGCUGACCUGGAAGCUACAAAGGAAAUAAAAGUACUCUUUCAAGCAAAUCCUAGGUAAAAACCAAACUAGGAAUGAAGAUUCACUGCCAAGUGAGAUGCAUCCUACCAAUCCAAGUCCCCAGAGAUUAUAUAUGCUAAUCCUCCUCAUAAAUGUAAACCUUUUACAAUAAAAUAUUGCAAAUGUUUAA